CCCUGCUCAGUCAAGAUUCGAACCCUGCUUUUCUCAUUUAUCAAAUGUGAAUUGAUAAAAGUGUGGCAUUUGCUGGUUAAUUAUUUUAGGAAAAAACAUUUAUUCGCGUAUAAUUCUGAUUUAAUUAAUUAAGAGUCGUAUGCCAUUAUGUCUCUCUCCUCGAUUAAACAGGCUGGAAAGCGAUUGUACAUGUUUCGAAGACCAAAUCGAUGGACUAAAGGACUUGGUUCCGAGUUACCACUAGAGUACAGAAAAUUCUGGAGAGAAUGGACAAAGGCGCCGGCUGCUGUUCAUUAUAUUGAACGGAAAGGCACUUAUUACAAAAAUUACUUUGGGGAAGUACUUCCAGUACAAAAUGUACCAUUACCUCUAUUUUAUACAAAGGAGAGUCAGAAGGGCAUAUGGGGAGGAGAAUCUAUUGUGCAAGGCUUUAAAAAGAAGGGUAAAUAUAAGAGACGAGUACCACAUUUUUGGAUACCUCAUCUGAAAAAGUCUGUUGUCUAUAGCGAAGUCCUUGACACAUAUAUGAAUAUUGUUGUUACUCCGAGAACAAUCCAAUUAAUUCAUGAAAAUUAUGGAUUUGAUCAUUAUCUAUUAAAGACACAAGCCUGCAACUUGAAAUCUUUACUUGCUCUAAAAUUGAAACGUAAGAUACUUAUAGCAUUAGCAGAUAAAACUUUAUAUCCUAAAAAUCCAGAAAAGCGUGAAGAAGUAUAUGCGAAGUACGAGAAAUACUUGAAAUAUUACACAAGAGAACAAAUAGAAUGGUAUGGUUUGACAUAUCGAGAAGCCAUUGGUAAGUGGUUAAAAUUAAAGAAAACAGAUCCACAACCUUUGAAAAUUCAAUAUAGAUCAGAAUUAAUUGCUAAACUCAAGGAGAAUAAUAUUAAAGAAGCUGAAAAUGUAGAUGUUGUAGUGCCAGAGGAAACAAGCUGGUUAAACAAAAUAAAUCCUUUCUCCAAAACUACGAAGACUAAAUAAGUAAAAAUUUCUAUUAGAUAAUACACAAAGAAAGUUACAAUAUAAUUUCUUGAAUAUUACAAAUUUUCUUUGAAAUAAAUGUCUUUUGACAAAUAUA